CCAAUGAACCCCAGCUCAGCCAAGAAAACUUGCACUCAACACACACACUUUUUUUUUUUUUUAAAUGGGGACUACUCCCAGGCUCCUUGAAGCCUACUAAUCAGAUGUUUGCAUGCAAAUGGAUAAAAACAAUAACAAGGAAAGCUGCUGUGAGUGGUGCUGACACCCCUCGGGGAGGAUUAUAAAAGCCCCAGUGGAUUAAAUACGGUUCAGACUCAGGCACACUGAGUUUGCGACUUCCCAGCAGGGUUGGCACCUGCGCCAUGAUGGACAGCUCUUGUCCUGGAAAUGCCACGGCCAUUCUAGCUGCGUGCCCCGAUGGUGGCAGCUCCCCAAAGGCUCUCUGUCUGCCCAGUUCCUGCCAGAGCAGGACAUGGCAAUUGGUUACAUGCCCAGACAACUCUUAUCCACCCAGCAAUGCCCCGCGUGGCUGUGAACCUGCUGCUUGUCAACCUACUUGCCUUUCCACAAUUUCUUGUGUGGGUUUUCUUUGCCAGCCCUUAUGUUCCUGUGCAGGCAGCUGUCCAUCGGGGGCUGGCCAGUCUCCCGGUGCGGAUAGCUCAUGCCAGCCGUCCUGCUUGGAAUCCACUGGUUGUCAGGUAGAGCACUGUGACGCCAGCCGCUGCCAGCAACGCUGCCGCCAGGAACCCAGCUGUGUGUCGGGAGCAUGCGAGGCAGCUGGUGGCCAGGCAGUCUGCCGUGACGCUAGAUCCUGCCAGCCGUCCUGCUCCGAAGCAACAACGCCUCAUCCUGAGACGCCUCACUCGCCCGUCAUCUGCGCAGCUAGUCCGUGCCAACCAGCCUGCUGCCAAGCAACUUUCUGUCAACCCCCAGGUGGUGAAGGCCAGCACUGCAGCCCGACUUAUUACCAACCCAUCUGCUGCGUUUUCAAGCCCUGCGCAUCGGCUCCCUGCGUGCCCCUUUCCGGCCAGCCGUUGACUUGCGUGUUCACUGCUUGCCAUCCUACUUGCUACGUGUCCCCUCCUUGUCAGCUGCUUUGCUGCCAGCCAGCUCCUUCCCUAGCCCUCGUCUGUCAGCCGGUGGAUAACUGCCAGCCUCCUUGUUCUGCAAAGAGCCCGUGCAAAUCAGCUUCCUGGGGCACCGUGCUUCCUGGCCAGCCAAUGUGUGACCGACCCACUUCCUACAGCCAAAGAGGCUGCAAAUCCCCUUCCUGUCCACCAGCUUGCUGUGUGACAGGUUUAGGCAAAUUGUGCAGCAGUGACACCAGUUACUCCCGACCAACCUCCCCAAGUCUGUGCAAAGCAAGCACUUGACAGCACAGCCGGCCCUGGGCCCAGCUUCCGACAGAGCAGUCUUCACACCCCUCUGAGGGUCUGUCCGCAGUGCACCGCCGCCCUGCGGGCGCCUGUCUCCGGCCCAGCACCGGCGUUGCUGCUCUCUGCUUUGCUCCGAGUGCAGCCCCCGCGUCUCUCCAGGGGCUGAUGAGAGAGCUUGUGUGGCCACUCAUGGAGCUUUCUUCACCCAGGUUAACCUUCCAGCACGCACGGUCCACGCUGCAGCCAGCAGUUUCUGAGGUCGCCACGUCAUUUCACUUCAGCAAAGCCUUCUACGCCGGUUCUCGUUCUUUGGAUACCGUCCAGUCUUUCCGAGGACUCCUUUGCUGCCAGACGCUCACAGAAAGGUGGCACGGUCCCCAGCUCUGGCUCCUGACUCCAGUGGCCUGGGGAGGAAGCAGUGAGGGCUCAAAUGAGGGCUCAAGCUUCUGCCACCCAUUUGGGAGCGUGGGCUGGGUUCCUGGCUCCUAACUUCAUCCUCGAUCCAGCCGUGACCCUUGUGGACAUUUGGGGAGUGAGUCAGAGGAUGGGAGCUCUCUUCCGCUCUCAAAAAAAUUAAAUGAGGCUAAAAGUAUGUCUGCUUUCUCUCUCAAA